UAAUAAAUCUUAUCGGUUAAUCUACGACUCAAUUAAUGUAAUUGCAAUUACGAAAAUUCGUUCACGUCUAAUUAAUCCCGCGAAAGUAACUUAAAAAUGGCCAAUGUGCGCAUGCGCGAGUAUGGAAAGAGUAAAUGUAGAAAUGAUUUUUGAGGGAUUGUAAUGGUGACUAGGAACAGUUGAUGUAUUCUGUAUUUCUACAAAGAGUUUAUAUUUGUAUCAUAAUGAUUUAUUAUUAUGAAAGUACGGAAUUGUGUAAUAAAAAAUGAGAUUAUUUUACUUCAGAAAGGCAUGCAACUUUUAUUAACUAAUUGAUUAAGCAACUAUUAAAUGAAACUGAAAAUCUUUGUUAAAAAAAAAAUUACAUACAUAUAUAUAUAUUAUAAACUUUAACUGAUGUUUUUUUACAAAAUUAUGUCUUCGCUUUCGUUCAAUAAACUUAAAAAGAGAGCAGCAUCAGAUAUGAUUGAAAAGUCUAAAAAAAAAGUUGAUAGAUUCGAUGGACUUACAGUGGAAGAAGUUCAAAAGUAUACUCUACCUGAUUAUCUCAAGGAAAAUCUUGAUAUAGUCUUUGUUGGUAUAAAUCCAAGUUUGAUAGCAGCACAUCGUGGCAAAUAUUAUGCAGGUCCUGGUAAUCAUUUUUAUAAGCUUUUAUAUGAAUCAGGCUUAACGCCAAAAUGUCUCAGUUUUGAAGAAGAUCACAAGUUAUUACAAUAUGGAAUUGGAUUAACAAAUAUAGUCGCUAGACCAACUAGAUCUUCUGCAGAUCUAAAACGAAUAGAAAUCAAAGAAGGUGCUAAGAUUAUUGAAGAGAAAUUGAGGUUAUUUAAACCAAAGAUUGCUAUUUUUAAUGGAAAGUGUAUUUAUGAAGUAUAUGCCAAUAAAAAUAGUAAAUCACCCUUUCAUUUUGGAUUACAAUCAGAAUUCAUAGGAGAUACAGCUGUUUGGGUUGUACCUUCUAGCAGUGCUCGUUGCGCUAAUUUUCCUCGUAUGAUAGACAAAUUACAUUUUUAUUCUGCAUUAAAAAAAUAUUUGAAAUUUUUAAAGGGUGAAAUUGAAGAAGUUGAUAUAAAAGAAUUUUUCUUUGAAGGAAAAUGCAAACAGUUUAUACCAAGCACUUCUAAAAUGUGGAGACGUAAAAAUAUUUCAGCUUUCAUGCAUGGUGGCAGAGUAGCCAAUAAAAAUACUAUUUAUUUGGAUACUUCAGAUGAAAAUAUAGCAGUUGUCUGCAGCACAGAAUUUAUUGUUAAAGAAUUAGAACAGAAGAAAUAUAAUGAUGAUAAAAAUGAAGAGACAGAGCAAUUGAAAAUACAUGUCUGCUCUUUGAAAGAAAAUUUCAAAUGUAUGAAUAACGAAAUAUCUAAUGAAAAUGUUGAAGGUAGAUUACAGGAGAAUACUGAACCUAAAUUGGCAACUGUAAAAAAUAAAAUUAAAUAUAACAAAAAAUAUAAAAAAAAUAAAAGACUUUCCCCUAAAAAUAUUCAUGUACAAAGAUCAUCUAAAAUAAAUGAUUCAUUGGAUUUUGUAAAAUUAAUAAAACAAAGACUUCUAGAAAAAGCAGAUGAUGUUGAAACUAUACAAAAAAAAUAGAGAUUCUCAAAAAUAAAAACUAUAAAUAUUCAUACACAUUA